GUCUCCGGCUGCGCCAGUCCCUCCGACACCGCCGCGUUCCUCGCUCGCGUCCGCACGCGCUCACUGCCGCCGCACCGAACGUCGCAAACGCAUCACCGACACCACCACAUAAAUUCGCAGAGGUACUUACAAUGAACCUCGUUCAUACAUUACCCAGUGAACUUCACAAGUUUUAAUGGAAUAUUAUUAUUUGUGUGUGAUGUUAAUUUAGGUGAAAUUAAGCUCGGAUAUUUAGGGCUGGUGUAAUUUAAAUGAUAAAAUUAGAACCGAAUCCAUAUUUUUUUAAUAAAUCCUCAUUGAAUUGUGAUAAUUUAUAUAAAAAAUGCGGUUUUAAACUAUUGACGGCAAUUUUAUCACUAAAUGCGUCUAUUAUUCUUUUGAUGUGCAAAUUAGGAUUCUUUUACAUCGAUAUAUUAUUAUGAUUUAUACAUAAUUAUUUUUUUACUUAUUUUACAAAAUAUUCUGAUUUAAUUUAUUUCCCUUUUCAGUUGUAUUAUAAAGUAGAAUUAGGACAACAAUUGUAGUCAAUUUCGGAAUCCUAUUUUAAAUUACAUCAAUAAUUGUUAUCUGCAUGAUGAUUUAAACAUGCGACUAUCGAUACUUUUUUAACAUAAUAACGUCCUAAAUACAUUUGUUACACAUUACUUACACAGUUUUUCAUGCAAACACUUAUCUUUAAACUUGAAGCAAGGAGGUCAGCGACGCGUGUUUUGCUUUCACAAAUACAACAAAAUAAAUUCAUCUCACGUAUUGAUUGUCCUCGGACAGUCGAAGUCUGCAUAAAUAAAAGAAAGCGAAGUCAUAAUACGGACUUGUCGGGUAACCCGUAACCACUUUCGUCGCAGCCGUGUGACAGGUGUGCCUGCGCAAAUAUAAUUUGGGGUGCUAGAGCGUAUCGUAAAAUGUUGUGAUCGUAGAGUAAAAUGUUUCUUCCUAAUUUCAAAAGCCGAUCGAGUUAUUCAAUAACAGAAACCCUUUAUAUUAAAAAUGUUUUCUUUUGUCCACAACUCAAGCUCAAGUAUAUUAUUUUUAUAGUGCUUGAAUAGAGACUCUUUUUGUCUUUACUCUGAUAAUUUGUUUGUAUGAAGAACAUAUACAGUAGUCUGAAACAUUAAUUUGUUAUCACUUGAGACCCUCUAGAACAUUUUGUUGUACUUUUAAAUAGUUUUGUAAUUUCCCCACAUAAUAUAAAAAUCACGUACACAGGCAUAAUUAAUGUAGAGACUAUAUUGAAUUUCAUUGAGUUGAGGAUGAAAUUGUUUAUUUAUUUAUCAUAUACGACAUUUCAUAUAAAGAUUUCAAUACCUACUACACACAUUGGAACGAGGUAAUUUAACGAACAAAAAGUAUAAGAAAUUAUAUUAAUUAGAUUACUAAACGUUACAAAUCUAAAUGCAACUAAGCAAAGCAUUUUUGUCGGUGAAUUUACGACUGUUCAUCAAAAGGUCAGAAGAUUUCAUUAAAAAAUAACCUCUCCAAAUUUAUACAAUAUUUAUUUAUUUAAGCCUUAAAAACAUUCGUAGUUUUAACUAUUCAGUAGUAUUGAAAACUCUUUAAAUAUAACAAAAUAAAACAGUCUAGAACGAAGAUUUCAAAAAAGUAAAUAAAUUGAAUAAGUUUCUAGAAUUUUGAAUAUCAGAAAAUCAUUUCGUAAUUUCCAUGGUCGUGGUUCACAAAAUAAAAAAUAAUGUUAAGAAGCACGAUUUUUUUUAGAGUGACGUAGAAACGCACCUACCUAAUUUAUUAUCAUUUCAAUGGAUGACAUAUAUACAAUACUUCAAUUGCUCGUUAUAAUACUUCAGGUUCCAAAAUAAAACACUGAAACUACACUUGAUGAAUUUACUCUAACUACAGUCAAAUUAAGGUCAGUGCAAAUCUGACGGAUGAUGCACCGACCCAAUAUAUUUUGUUUUAAGUCUAUAACGUUUAUGAGAAGGAUUUUAUAAUCCAUGUGUAUAAAAAAAACAAACAAAAGUAAAGAAUAAAAAAGGUUGUAAUGUUCUUUUUCACGUUUUCAAUUCUUGAACUUUAAUCUCUUGGCUAUUUAAGUAUUUUCUUUUUUGAUUGAGGAUCAAUUCCACAAAAAAACAUCAAAACACUUUGAGAUAAUAAUUCAGUGUUUUAAUAGAAAUGGCAUAUUCAGUGUUUAAUUUUCGAACAACUGCCUAUUCUCUAUAAGCUUCGGAAUUUGCACUGAAUUUACUAUCAGACUUAGUACCGACAUACCUAUAUUCGUCACAUUUGCUUAUACAUUAUAUUAUUUUAGUAACGCAAUAAUAUUAUCUCCACAGAUGAGCCGGCACGUUUUUCUGGCAGCGGCCGCUUUAAUGGCCAUGUUAUGCCUAGCAGAAGCCCAGCGUCGUCUCGCCCUGCCUGACCCAAGAAGUUGCGCAAACAGGGUCCGGCAUUCGACGUACCGUGACGCGCGAGGCGUUCUCCACUCAUACUUCUUCAGCUGGGAACAUGCGCCAACACGUAACUUGGAGGUGGAUUGGCUCGAUGCCAGGAAUAUAUGCCGUCGUCACUGCAUGGACGCCGUCUCACUUGAGACGCCACAGGAAAACGAAUUCAUAAAGCAAAGAAUCGCCCGUGGGAAUGUCCGUUACAUUUGGACAUCGGGUCGUAAGUGCAACUUCGCAGGUUGUGACAGACCCGACUUACAACCCCCAAAUGUCAACGGCUGGUUCUGGUCAGGAUCCGGUGCCAAGAUUGGACCUACCACACAACGCAACACAGGCGACUGGUCAUACACAGGCGGAUACGGGCAGGCUCAACCUGAUAACAGAGAAGCUGCACAGGGCAACGACGAAUCCUGUUUGUCUAUCCUGAACAACUUCUACAACGACGGCAUCAAGUGGCACGACGUAGCAUGCCACCACGUGAAGCCAUUCGUUUGCGAGGACAGCGACGAGCUACUAAACUUCGUGCGUUCACGCAAUCCCGCCCUUCGCCUAUGAUUCCGCUAACUCCUUAACGAAUACUCUCGCCUUCUAGUUUUAAUGGCUGACAUUGUACAAAAUUACGUGACUAUAUCAUUAUUUAAGUUAUUUAUUAAUUUAACUAAACGACACUACCCAUUUCCUGCAGUGUCUUACUUUGGUGCUAAUUUAUAAUGGUUUCUCUGAGAAUUUAUUAUUAGCGAGAUGUACAUACGAAUAAUUUAUUUGUCUAAAAUACCAUCACAAAUUGUGUUGGCAUUGUAUAAAAGUUAAUAUCGCAAUAUAUGGUCAGUCAUCUUCUCUUUGACACCUUGUAUUUUUCACUGAAUUAAGCGAUUAUUUUGUAAAAAGUCUUGUUUUGCACAAAGUAGGAUUAACUUAUAAGUAUUAGAUAAAAAUUAAUUAAUAAAACCAAUUUUGUUUCAUUUAUUUUAUUCGUACACAAAAUAAAACACACAAAACCGAGCAGACACAAUAUUUAUAAUAAUGCAAAUUCACAAAUAUAAACAACAUUGUUUUUAAGAUUAAAACAUUAAUAGUAACCAAGUAAAACAAAUUUAUGAGAAAUUAUCUAAUAAUCAGUCUUCGACAUAAAACUCAACGUUCAUAAAGAAUUAAGAACAAUUACUUAGGUAUUCACUGAAUAUUUCAAUUAAAUAAUAAUAAACUAUCGAGUAAAAGUUCUGGGUCACUUACAAAAGCUUAAAAUUAUUUGCAAAAUAGAAAAAUUACAAUUUAUUUAAAUGAACCGUGUUCACUCUUUUGUGUUAUGUGACCCGGAAGUAUUGCUCGUCAGUUUAUUUAUAAACUAUGUACUACACGAUUCCAUAAAAGAUCGUUAUUAAACUGAAUUAAAGUUUAAAAUAACCACAAAUGUACAAUUAUCUUGGACGCAGCCUAAUUUUUUGAAUAAAUUCACAUUUGAAUUGCUUCGGAUUAUUUGGAUAACAUACUGGUACCUUCAUAACAUACCUACACAUUUAUUCAAAGUACUCUAUUUCUAUUUCGAAAGUACAAAACUGCUGAACGUAUUUUUAUAAUUUUUCUAUUAGACCAUAUCGGAGGACCGUCAAAUAAAAAUAAGUUAAAAUCUAUUCAUAAGUAACUAAAGUUUGUUUGGAUAUAAUAAAAAACAUAUAGACCUCCACCUGCUUUUUGUGGGUAUGCGAACAUAAAAAAAGGUAAUAUUGCGAUAUCUGUCAAAAUACGAAACAACUUAAUGAUUGUCAACAUUUUCAAAAGCAAAAAAACGAUAUCUUCUUUUCAAUAAGAUAAGGCGGGUGAAAGGUUUUAACUGCAAGUGAAUAAAAUUUAUUUAUGCACGGUACACUAUGACACGGAACUUGAUUAAUUCUUAAUCGAAUUAAAAGACCAUGUUCUUACAUGAGAUAAAAAUUUGUGAAUGGCGCACCACGGUUUCUAAUUAACGUGGCCCGGCCCAUUCCGUUUCUAUUAGAAUUACCACCAUUAUCUUGUAUUUUACGAGUUUUACAACUAUUGUUCGGUGUCAUUAAAUUAUAACUGCCGUUUCAUUGUUAGAUUAAAUUACACGUGUGUGAUGUAAGAUGAAGAUUGAUUGUAGUUUUAGACAUAAGUUGAACGUAACUCAGAUGACCCGAAGACAAUCUUGAGUCGUGAUCUACCUUUAAUAGCGAUAAAGAUUAAUGUUGUGUAAAUCAGGUUAACGGAUGUUGCGAAUCAAUUUCUAAAUGUUGUUUUCGAUCUGGUAUCGCACUAACACAGGAAUUAUUUAAUAAUGAUGUACCUUUAUAUGAGAGAAACUUGUUUGGUAUAUUAUAGAAAUAUCCUCUCUACAUUAUACCAAUGUCACGUGUCAUUUAAACGAACAACAACAUAUUCUCGACGGCGACGAGUAAAAACCAGCCCACUUUAUAUGCUAAUAAUCGAUCAAUAAACAUGUUAAAAACCAAAAGUUAUUUUAAAAUAUAUAGAAAUAUCACUCAUAAAAAAAACAGUGACGUGAUUAUGUAAAAAAUCAGAAAUGGCUUUCGAAUAUUAUUAACACUGGCUUUUGAAUAUCUUAUCCUAUUAUAGAUGUACAAUCUAAGUAAUUACUACAAAAUGUAUUUCCAGGAAACUUCAUUUGUAAAGUAAGUAGGUAUCGAUAAAUAGAAUAGAAAUAUAAAACGAAAUACGUAUAUUAUAGUUUCCAUUAAAAGAUCUUCUUGACUUUAUAAAAAUAUUUAACUUGCCAUAUAAGUUAUUUGUUUAGAUCAAAUUUUGCAAGUUAAUUAGACUUCAUGGUUUUUGAUUACAUUACU